AUGUUCGAGAUAUUUGUAAUUGAUUAUAAUGUUAAUUGUAAAAGGCAUAUUGACCAGAUAAGAAAGUACACAGGUUCUACCGUUACUGGAAGCGAAACGAACGGCGCCGGCGCACCCGCCGACUUGUCGGGUAGCCCACCUGCCUCACCGCGCGCCUCCCGCGCCUCCCCUGACCGCCCCCAGAGGCAGCCGCGUCAAACUAUGUCUUGUGACGAAUCGCAACAUUCGCAAGCUAGUGUACGAGAAGAUAAUAAUGUCGGGGAGGAGGAUGAGUGGGCAGAGGCUAUAAGUGAAGGUGGUGCUAGCGAUGGCUCAUAUGAGUCUAAUGCUCUCGUAUCACAGCCUCCGAGACCUAUACGUAGUUGUAGACGUAAGAUUAAUUAUAAGGAAUAA